GCUCCGGGGUCCAGGAUGUGUCUGCUGCUGGGGGCUCCGGGCGUCGGAAAGACGUUGCUGGUGAAGCGGCUGCAGCAGCUGAGCUUGCGGGGCGGCACGGGCAACGUGGGUGAGCCCCCGCCGACGCAGCCCACGGUGGGCACCGACCUCACGGACAUCGUGGUCCAGAGACGCAUCACCAUCCGCGAGCUGGGGGGCUGCAUGGGCCCUAUCUGGCCCAGCUACUACGGAGACUGCCGUGCCCUGCUGUUCGUCAUGGACGCCUCGAACCCCUCGCAGGUCUCUGCGUCCUGUGUGCAGCUCUUGGGGCUUCUUUCUGCGAACCAGCUGGCAGGAGCCUCCGUCCUCAUCCUCUUCAACAAAAUAGACCUGCCAUGUCACAUGGGCCUGGAGGAGGUCAAGUCGCUCAUCCGGCUUCCGGACAUCGUGGCCUGUGCCAAGCAGGACGUGGCCACGGCAGCAGUCAGCGCCCGGGAAGGCACGGGCCUGACACAGGUGCUGCGCUGGCUGCAGGACACCCACAGAAACGGCAGCUGAGCCUCAUGGGGACAGAGGGGCCUGGUGUGGCCCUAGCUGGUGGGUAAGCCGAGUCACCUGG